AUGUCUUUUUCCAAGGCUUUUAUUUCGUCGUUGUUGUUGGCGGCCGCGAGUCAAGCACAGAUCUUAGCUCCUGACAACGAUAUCACGUUCCCUUCAACCACCAACAGCCAAAAUCCUCUCCAGUACUCAGGCGGAAAUAGCCCCUACUUUGCUGGUCCCAAUGCCAAUGACAUCGAGAACACUGUGCCUGACAAAUGUAAUGUUCAGCAGGCUGCCUAUAUCGUGAGACAUGGUAGUAGAUUCCCUGACACCGGCUCUUACAAUUCUUGGGUUGCGAUUCAAGAGAAGAUCCAAGCCUCUAAAGAGAGCAAAGGGUUUACAGCCCAUGGCUCACUGUCCUUCAUUCCCAAUUGGAAGACUGUAUUAACCAACCCAACGCUGCAAAUGGCACAACAGUCCCUGACUGGCUGGAAGGAGGCACAUGAUCUCGGGUACCAGCUCAGAGCUCGAUAUCCCGACUUUUACGAGGAUGGCAACCCUUUCUAUGUGUGGGCCAACCAGUACAAGUUCCCUAUCAAUGAAUCUCGCGUGGUUCAAACUGCGCGGGCCUUUGUAGAUGGCUAUCUGUACGAAUUUGCUGAUACAUAUGGCACUGUGGUCAGUGUGAACUCCACUGGCUCGGUUAAUGCCAUUGGUAACUCUCUUGGCCCUUCCGAUGCAUGCCCUGAGUUUUCGGCCGUUUCUAGUGGAGGCGACAAUGUGACUGACUGGGAUGCUACUUGGACUCCAAAGGCCCUUCAGCGGAUCAACUCCCUGGUCGGUGGAAACCUUACCUUUACCGAGUCAGAAAUCCUUUUCUUCCCUUAUCUAUGCGGAUAUGAGAGUCAAAUCCUCGGUCGUCUGAGCCCUUGGUGUAAUGUUUUCACGCAGAAUGAGCUAGUCGACUACGCUUAUUCGCAGGAUCUAAGCUAUUACUAUAAGGUCGGUCCUGGUGCCGAUGGACCUGCUCCAAAACUAUUCCUACCUUUCCUCGACAGCCUGAUAAAACUCCUAAGCAAGGGGCCCGGUCAAAAAGGCACUGGCACAGAUGGUAGCGAGUUUACCGUACCAAAUCUAAUCAUGGCCUUCUUGAACGACAACCAGAUCGCCGAAAUGACAGCCGCCAUAGGGAUCUUCGACAACGAAGCCCAUCUGCCAACGACCCACAUCCCAAAGAACCACUUGUACAACGUAGCGCAUUGGAUCAGCAUGCGCGGUACUACGGCAUUCGAAGUCUUGAACUGUACAGUCGAGUCUGGACAUCAUUCUUCUGACCAGACGUAUAUCCGUAUACUUCUCAACGAUGCCGUGUACCCGUUGCCUCAAUGCCAGAGCGGCCCGGGAAAGAGCUGCCUUCUGUCUGAAUAUGCGGAGUUCAUUGAAAAGAAGAAUAAAGCCGCUGGCAACUUCAACGACUAUUGCAAUGUGACUGAGUCUGGUCACCCCACCACUGUUGCUGGGGCAAGCUUCUUUACUGAUCUCUCCCAAGACUUUUUGACUUUUGUCAAGCCUUAA